AUGGCAGACGGGCGUGAGUCCUCCCCUCCCCUCCCUCUCACCGCAAGCUUGAGGUUGACCACGGCUUCUAGUAAACCACAUCCGCGCCAUGCGCGUGGCCGAGAUCAUCGAGGAUUUCCGAUCGAUACAACGGCAACUCUCAUCGAUCCGCACGCAGCCGUCGGCAGAAGAGUACGACGAGGACGGAUAUCUGGUGCUGAGACAAUGUGUGGGCCAGGCGCAACAAUUGCUCCAGCAGCCGUUCUGCGGAGGCGGAGGCGGAGGCGGAGGAGGGGGGAAUGGCAAUGGGGCGGCGAGGGAUGAGGAGGGCACGAAGCGGGAGCUCAGGAGGCAUGUUUCCAAUGACAGGGUGAGGAUGAUACAGGUCUCUGACUUUGUUUUUUUCGGGGACUUCUAGGAUCCUUCUCGACGCUUCCCUGCGACGCUUCAAGGCGCAGAAGCUGUAUCUGAGAGCCUCGGCGGCGAUGAGAUGGGUGCAGUCGCGGCGGCAGAUUUUACAGGGACAGCGGCCGCAUGCGGGACAUGUGGCUGCGCUGCAGCAGGUCCGGAAUACGUUGAGGACGGUAUGUCGCCAGAGCAAGAUUUUCCCCAAAAAGGAGUAAAUUGGUUUGAUAUGUUCUCUUUUUCUUGCAGGAAUUGGCCUCGAUCACAGAUGCUCGCGUGGAAGCUUCGUUACGCCAGGCGGAUGGCGCUGCAGAAAAGUGGCUGGCUGAGGACCCGCCGCUGGCGAUGAUUCAACGCGCCAUGGGCCAUUGCAAUGGAUCCUAA